AUGUCUGACUCAAAGAUUCAUUUAUGUGGAAUUCCCAUGCUCAAUUAUGUCUACUGUUACGUGCCCUUUUCCCGAAACUGUGGAUCUUCAGCAAAAACAGUGUGCUACUGUGUGCUGUUCGCGCCUGAUGGUGCAUAUAGGCUCUUUAGGCUCGACGAAACUAGUGUUUGUAGCAGUCCUUCCCUCAGUCCCAAGGCGGAUGCCGAGAGCGCGUCAGUCGAACCAAGUAUCAAGUGCGUGCUCCUGCAGUGGCUGCCGUGGCUCCUGCGCAUGAACCGGCCGGGCAAGAAGAUCACGCGCAAGACAAUCAUGAUGAACAACAAGAUGCGAGAGCUCGAGCUCAAGGAGCGGUCGUCCCGGUCGCUGCUGGCCAACGUGCUCGACAUCGACGACGACAUCCGCCAGAUCCACGCGUCGGGCACCACCACGCCGGCAGGAGGAGGGGCGAGGGGGACGCCUUCCUACAACGGUGGAUACCACCGCCUCCUGGGCCGGUCCUACGAGGAAGGAGCUCCCCUGCUGGCGCCGCACUCCUCCUUCUGCUUUCAGAACACGCGCGAGCUGCAGAACAUCUUGCGCGAGCUCCGCUUCAUCACCAACCAGAUGAGAAGCAACGAGGACGACACCGAGGUGAGGCACGACUGGAAGUUCGCCGCGAUGGUGGUGGACAGGUUCUGCCUCAUCACCUUCACCCUCUACACCGUCAUCUCGUCGGUGGUGGUCCUCCUGUCGGCGCCGCAUAUCGUGACCAACUAGAAAUGAGCUCAGAUCCUACGCAUGGAUUUUACAUAAGUUAUGAAUAUCACUAAUAUU